GCUGCUUCGCGGGCUGGGACCCUCUCACCUGGUACUCAGUCUCAAGACUCGCGUUGGCGGGCGCGGACUGGUAGAAGCACUGCUUCUUCCCGGCCGGUAACAGGAAUGUAAACUCGCCGUCCUGGAUGGGCGGAGGUCCCGCCUCUCCCACCCGCGCCUCCGGCAGUAGCAGCCACAGGGCCAAGGCAAGGGCCGCGCCGGCCGCCAUCCUCCGGGUCACCCUCUAGUUGUCUAACGGUGGCGGUUCCUUUAAGAAGUAGCCCCGCCUCCUGUUCUUGUCCCGGAGCUCAUUGGCCGCUGCGUCUAGCCAGUCGAAAGACGCCGCACUCAGCGUGAAGGACCCCUGAAAGACAAGCUGCCCGAGAGUUGGCAGGGAGCCCCGGCUGGACCCAUUCGGCCACAGCCAGGUUUUCCAGCCGAAGGCGGGAGAAGCGAUGCCCUGGACCAUCUUACUUUUGGCAGCGGGCUCCUUGGCCAUCCCAGCCCCAUCAAUCUUUCUGGUGCCUCCCUACCCAAGCAGCCAAGAGGACCCCAUCCACAUCUCAUGCACAGCCCCAAAGGACUUCCUAGGAGCCAAUUUCACACUGUACCAUGGGGGACAGGUGAUCCAGCUCCUGAAGGCACCUGCAGACCAGCCUGGGGUCACAUUCAAUGUGAGUGGUGGCCGAGGCGGUGGCAGCAGUGAGGCUCCCUGGGGGAACUUCCGCUGCCAGUAUGGCGUGACGGGCGAGCACAGCCAGCCCCAGCUGUCAGACCUGAGCCAGCCUGUACAGGUCUCGUUCCCAGUGCCCACCUGGAUCCUGGUGCUUUCUCUGAGCUUGGCUGGAGUCUUCCUCCUUGUGGGGCUGGUGGCUGUCACCAUGGUUAUAAGGAAAGUUAAAGUAAAAAAUCUACAGAAGCAAAGAGAACGAGAAUCCUGCUGGGCUCAGAUUAAUGUCCCCACCACAGACAUGUCCUUUGAUAACACUCUGUUUGCCGUUUCUAUGAAAAUUACUUCAGAUGAGGACCUGACAGCAACCGUGGAUGUCCACCCGGGCAAUGCCAGUCCCCGAAAGCGACCUACCUCUGUGUCAUCUUCAGCAGAGUUCCCUGAGUUCAGCACUUUCCGGGCCUGCCAAUGAGGCUGAGGAUAGGGACCCCUCCAUCUCUCCUCUCUGGACCUGUCUAGACCUUUUGGAGCUAGAGUUCCGUCAGGCAACUUGGGUGGGAACACCUGCUACUGCUUUCUCAAGGAAUCAAACAGGCAAGGAGAAGACUACUCCUGGUGAGGAGACCUUAUACACAGAGAUGAGAAACACGGUAGAGACAUUGGGUGAAGGCAUUGGCCUGGAGGCUGAACAGAAAGCAGGAAGCCCCUCCAUGGAUUUUCAGCUUGGCAAGACCACCAGAACAUGUUAUGAUCACACUGGAUCACCCAUUUGGCUCUAAGAAGUCCACAAUCUCAGGGCCUACUUUGAUCUGGUCCCCAGCUGCACCUGACGCUUCUGGACCAGGAGAUAUAAUUUUUUUUGAGGUAGGGUCUCGCUUUAGCCCAGGCUGACCUGGUACUUACUAUGUAGUCUCAGGGUGGCCUUGAACUCACAUCGAUCCUCCUACCUCUGCCUCCCAAGUGCUGGGAUUAAAGGUGUGCGCCACCACGCCUGGCUCCAGGAUAGAUUUUUUAGGGCCUAAUUCUACUUUGUAGCUCAAGCUGGUCUCAAACUGUCUCAGCCUUCUCCCCAGUGAUUGGAUUACAGGCAUGCACCAUCA